CUCCCCCUCCUCUCCUCAUGUCCUCCUCCUCCUCCUCCGCUACCUCUCUCCCCCUCGCCAUCCUCACCAUCGUCCUCGUUCUUGCUCUGUUAUCACCUGCCAUCACCGCUGCUGCCGCCGCCUCGAAUCCGACCGUCCUCACCGAUCCCUCGUUGUCCUCGGCCGACAUCGCCCCCAGCAGCAUGAUGUCCACGUCCAACGAGCCUGCCGCCGCUUCGACUGCCUCAGUCAAUACGCCAGCCACUGAUACCGCCGCUACCGAUGCCGAGCUCGUCGCACGUGCGUCGGUCGUCGAGCGGUGCUCCGCGUGCCAGGUGGUGGUCAAGGCCGGCCUGGCGGCGGCUGCCGAAGCAGUGACAGGUGCCCCAAGCGAGGCAUUGAGCGAGGAGAAGAGCGAGGCGGCCGCGAAAGCGUUCAGGUCUGUCUGCGCUCACCUUGGCGGCGCACAGUAUGCCACCGUCGGCGCAGGGCGGGCGACCAAGUUUGUGCCGUUUGUCGGCUUCCAGCCGGGCCACUCGUACGACAACCUCUCGCUCGGCUCCGAGUCAUUCUGA